AUGUGCAACGACAUCGCGGGUGGCCAGGUAACCCCUGCACUAGAGGUGUCUGACUCUCCGCAGAGCCCUGAUAUAGAAAAUGAAACAGAAACUGCUCAGAAACUGUUUCCAUCUUGUGCUGUAACUCGUGCGCAAUCUCGUAAAUUGGACGAAUUCUCACUGUCGGAUACUGUGCUAAUGUCUGCUUUUUCAGAUGUGGAAGUUGUGAAGGAGAAAGCUCCCACAUCUCUGCUGUCAGAAAGUGCCGAGCCCGUGGGUUCUGCGAAUCUGAGUUUGGCGCCGUCGGACAGUCCGACGCUGCCGGUGGGCAGUGAACGUCUCGCCGCUGCGCAGAGGGCUGACCCGACUCUGGCACGUUGCUUCAAAAGUGUGGUGAGUGCCGACAAAGCAAGUGGUGAAACAGUAUCUUACCUAAUGAAUAAAGACAUCCUGGUGCGUAAAUGGACUCCUGCAGUGUCUGAUUGCGAAUAUAGUGCUUUACAAGUUGUAGUGCCUUUUGUAUACCGGCAGCAUGUAUUGUCAGUUGCCCACGAGAGCAAAUGGUCAGGUCAUUUGGGGGUGAAUAAGACCUACAACCUCAUCCUCAAGCAUUUCUUCUGGCCUGGGUUAAAAUCUGAUGUAGCCAAAUUCUGUCGCUCUUGUCAUGUGUGUCAACUAGCGGGUAAACCAAACCAAACCAUCCCACCUGCUCCACUCCAUCCUAUUCCUACCAUAGGUGAGCCCUUUGAGCGUGUAAUCUUAGACUGUGUAGGCCCAUUGCCCCGCUCUAAAACAGGUAAUCAGUACCUACUCACCAUUAUGUGUGCUGCCAUCCGCUAUCCGGAAGCCGUCCCGCUGCGUAAAAUUACGUCCAGCUCUGUUGUCAAAGCCCUGACAAAGUUUUUCUCCACGUUUGGCCUCCCUCGUGUUAUCCAGACCGAUCAAGGUACAAACUUUCAGUCUCGGUUGUUCAAACAAGUCCUUAAAACGCUCAAUGUCCAACACUCCGUGUCCAGCGCGUAUCAUCCUGAAUCCCAGGGAGCGUUAGAACGUUGGCAUCAGACAUUAAAAUCCAUGCUGCGUAAAUACUCCCUAGAGACAGGUAAAAGUUGGGAUGAAGGGGUUCCUUUCGUGUUGUUCGCCGCUCGUGACGCUGUCCAGGCAUCCUUAGGGUUUAGCCCCGCAGAGCUCGUAUUUGGCCACACACUCCGCGGUCCGCUUAAAUCUCUGCAAGAAAAAUUCCUGUCCUCUGAAGUCUCACGUGAAGAGAACGUACUUGAUUUUGUGAGUAAAUUCCGCAAGCGUUUACACCGUGCAAACUCGCUCGCUAAAGAGUGUCUUUUGUCCUCCCAGACUGUGAUGAAGCGUCGUUAUGACCGAUCUGCCGUCCCACGCCGAUUUGAUGUUGGUGACAAAGUGCUGGCCUUGCUGCCGAUCCCUGGUUCUUCUCUCUCUGCUAAAUUUACCGGUCCCUAUGAGGUCCGUGAAUGCCUCAGUGACCUCAACUAUGUUAUUGCUACACCGGAGAGAAGGCGUAAAAGUCGUGUUUGUCACAUAAACAUGCUCAAACCUUACUUCACACGCGAACCGAACCCAGCUGUCGCUCCACCAGUGGUUCCCCCAAAAGCUAAUACUAUCGCUGUCAAUGCUCUGAUUGUCACUGAGUCUCCUACCAUUGCUGAUGAGGAUGAUUUACAGACGUGUACCUCAUCGCAUCAAACCGCGCGACUGCCGAAUUCGGAGUCACUGAAAACAUUGUCGUCCCAGCUAAGUCAUUUGACCCGCGCGCAACAAAGUGA